AUGGACCCCAUCGUGAUAAAAGUCCCAAAGGAGAUGGACAAGAUGAAUCCGAUAAACUUUUACCUUUACACAAACAGGAGCCUACGGCCGCUGCCGAUAAAGAAGCUAAUAGGUUACAGGGAGGUCCCGCAGAAAUAUGGAUACGGGCCGCAGAAGGAAAUACUGCUGGAUAACCAGAACAUAGGAAGGCUGGUGGAAUACAGAGAAACCCUCCCAAGUCUGUCGGAUAGAAGAAGAAUGGUG